GUUUUUAAAACUAAAAAUACACAAUUUUUUCAGUUUAAAUAUACAUUGCGAUGGCAUUAAGUAAAUAUUUAUAGCACUGAAGGUUCAUAUUCUUUGGUGGCUGCGGGCUGCGUUGGAUGCGUCUAGAGGAGAAUCCCUCGCAGUCUAGCAACGCUUUUUUCUUUCACGCAGUCAAAAUGGCGGAGUGGGACCUCACUUACACCGUUGGCCAAUAUAUUGACCGGCAUAUGGUGUUUCCAUUGCUGGAAUUCCUCCAGAACAAAAACAUAUACGAUGAAGACGACUUGAUCAAGGCCAAGUUGGGCCUUUUAGGCAACACGAAGAUGGUUGACUUCAAUAUCGAAGUGUUCCAAAUGUGCUAUCCCAACGUACCAGUUCCUCAAGAGAUGACGGAGAGACGUGCUGAGGUGGUCCACGACUUCAUGACCCAGAAGGUGGAGACGCUGCCGCUCAUCGAAGCGUGCCAGGACGAAAAAAUAUUCUCACUCAUCCAAGCUAGCAGGGACAGCCGGCAGACCUUAGAUCUUCUGAUGAAGAAUUUCAGUGGGAUUCGCCUCGAGAUGGUGGACAGCCUGUACAAGUAUGCCAAGCUCCAGUACGAGUCCGGGAACUACUCUGGUGCUGGUGAAUGCCUCUACCUGCACCGCUUCCUGAUUUCCCCGCAGGACCCCAAUUACCUGAACAACCUGUGGGGCAAGCUGGGCUCGGAGAUCCUCAUGCAGAACUGGGAGCUGGCCCUGGACGAGCUCACCCGUCUAAGGGAGUACAUCGACCAGCACAACUUCCCGUCGGCGCUGCAGUCCCUGCAGCAACGCACUUGGCUGAUCCACUGGAGCCUCUUUGUGUUCUUCAACCACACGAAGGGCCGAGACCUCAUCAUCGACCUGUUCCUCAUGCAGCCGCAGUACCUUAAUGCGAUCCAGACCAUCUGCCCGCACAUCCUGCGGUACCUGACGUGUGCGGUCAUCACCAACAAGCAGAAGCGUGCUGCCAUGAGGGAGCUGGUCAAGGUCAUCCAGCAGGAGUCUUAUACGUACCACGACCCCAUCACCGAGUUUGUGGAGUGCCUGUUUGUCAACUACGACUUUGACGGGGCCCAGCAGAAGCUGCGCGAAUGCGAGACGGUCCUCUCCAACGACUUCUUCCUCAUCGCCUGCCAGGAGGACUUCAUCGAGAACGCCCGCCUGUUCAUCUUCGAGACCUUCUGCCGCAUCCACGAGUGCAUCUCCAUCAACAUGCUGGCAGAAAAGCUGAACAUGGAGCCCAACGAAGCCGAGAAGUGGAUCGUCAAUUUGAUUCGCAACGCUCGCCUGGACGCCAAGAUCGACUCCAAACUGGGCCACGUGGUGAUGGGCACCCAGGCCGUGUCGCCCUACCAGCAGCUGAUCGACAAGACCCAGGCCCUGCUGAUCCGCACCCAGCUUCAGACGAGCAACAUUGAGCACAAGCUCUCGGCAAGCAACCCUGACAGAGCGGGCCACUGGGGAGCUCAGAACUUCUAGGAGGGACCUCUUUGGUAUCUGCUGACUCAAUUGGACUCAUUAGACUUGAUUUCUUUUGCUUUCUCUGCAACAAUGAUUGUUUAAUAAAAAAAGAACAGAAAAAAAA